AUGACCCGAGCUCGAGUCCAUGUUCCUCCGCUGGACAGUCCGUCCAAACAACUGAUCCUGGACCUGACCCGCGAUCUGGAGAAUGUCCGUAUCUUCAAUGCGGAACUCAAAAAGGUUCAUGCCUACGAGCGCCAGACCUUCUACGACAACCUCGACCGCAUCGACCGGGAGCGCGAAGCGGUCCAUACUGCUGCCCUGGAUGAAGCCGCCGCGUACCAUGAACGAGUCAGGGAGGAAGCCGAAGCGACCCUGAGGGCCCACAACCGUGCCGAAGAAGAGGCACGUAGACGCAAAGAAGAGGCUGAGCGCAAAGAAAGAGAGCGGAUCGAGCGCGAAAAGGCAGAAGAACGACGCAGACAGGAAGAAGAGGCUGCCCGCAUUGAGCAAGAACGCAAGAAGCAAGCCGAAGCCGACAAAAAGGCUGCAGAGGAGGCAGAAAGGGCUCGACAGGCAGCCCAAGAAGCAAGGGAGCGCCAGGAGCGCGAAAAACAGGAACGACUCGCUGCAGAGGCCCGUCAAAAAGAAGAAGAAGCUAGGAAGGCCCAGCAAGCGGCCCAGCAAGCGGCUCAGAAGCAGAGUAUUGGAGGUAGCCGCCUGACAUCAGAAGAGGCUCGAAUCCAAGAGCGCUAUGUAGCACUUCAUAAAACACUGAAGGAGAUGCGAGAGCAUCUGCGUAAUAUCGGCAAGCAGAAUCCUGCCGUGAAGGAAGCCAUGGGAGGCAUGCGACGUGCAAUCAAAAUGAGUGUUGGUCAGCUGCGGAAUGCCAAAGGAAGUAACGCGACCACGAACAAGCAACAGCUCAACAAGAUCAGAGAUGAGCUCAAAAAGGCUGCUGCAAUUUCAGAGCCUGCCAUGGAUGUUCGCCAGUUCAUCGCCUUUCCGCCGGAAUCCAUUGCUGGUUCUGAGCAGAAGGCACCUGCAUUGCUGAUUUAUGGUCUGAACAUCUUCGCCAAGUGCCUGAUUGCCUCUCUACUCGCAGAAGCCUCACUAAAACCAGAACAUGCGGAACCGAUUGGUAUAAUUGCAGCCCAGAUUUUUUCUACGGAUGAGUUCAUGUAUCAGGGAAUUCACAUGUCCGAUAUCCUGUGGGCCAAAUACCGGGUGGUAUGUCCCGCGCUUUGGGGCUUCACAGGAGACGAGAAGACCCAAGGAGGGAGACGUGCUCUUGGCUGGUGGCGCGAGAAUCCCGAAGGCCCGUUUAUCAGCGAGCAAGCACACUUGGACCGUAUGACUGCCCUGGGUGCUGGCUUUUCCGCCAUAACCCUACGCAAAUUCGGCCAGACACAGCGUCAAAAUCCUUUCCCCAAUACUCUUUUCUGGACCUCCCUCCAGAAACUCGUCUCCAUGCCCCCCACCGAAGUCCAGGAGACCCAAAUUACUCUCCUUUAUUCGAUGCUCCGAGGUUCUGGUGAACGAAUCCUUGGUUUCUUCGGGCAAUUUGGACUUGUUCUGAUGCGCAAAGCUAUUGUUGACUUGCCGGCAGGAUUAACGCGCCAGAGCAUGUCUGUGAAUCAGUUGAAGCUCCUCAGGGAGACCUACCAGCGCGACAAGAAUAUCAUUUUGUAA